CUUGGUCUCGUGAACCCGUGUACCUCGGUCGAUUCCUUGCGAAUGCCUUUCGUGUUCCCCAGAUCCACUACUACUGUCGUCUCCGUUCUCUUUUCUCGCCUUCAUCAGGAAGAGUUACAAGCCAGAAUGGCUACCAGAAUCAGUCUUUGAAUCGCGCAUUUCGUUUAAAAAUGAACUGGAUUUCGACCUUCGCUGAUACCUCUCACAAAGCUCAAACUACGGGAGACUGGUUAGAGGAUGAAGGCUGUUUGGCAUUGUUCAUUGCCACUUUCUGUAGCUGGAGCAUUGAUGUUUUAGUAUCCACCCUUGCAAGCUGACAGUCCUGGAAGACCGUACCGUAGGUGCUUCUAGCAAUCACCAGACGGAGUCAAACCUGGGAAGAGGGUCUCGAUGACGGUCAAUCCUGCAUCAUACCAUUAUCUUGCUCCGACACUAUUUCAACACUAUUUCCAUGCGUUUUCACAAGUCACGUCAUAAUUUUCAUCAUCCUUCCUGAUCCUCCAAUACUCCUCUCGAGAAGCCUAUAAAAAGUUUGCCUCGUUCCCUUCCAAAGAAAAUCCAUCUCGAAACUACCACCAUGCAAGCUACAACGAACAAACUUCAAGAGAAAAUGGGCACCAUGCCAACUGACGUUAAUCCGGAAUACAAACAUGCCGAAGGAGGAGAGAAGAUGAGAGCUCUUGCGUGGUUUGGGCCCAACGACGUGAGGAUGGUAGACGCACCAGUACCAGAUAUCACGGAGCCCAAUGAUGUUAUACUUCAAGUGACUGGAACUACGAUCUGUGGUUCUGAUUUGCAUUUAUAUCACGGUGAAAUCGCCACUUUGCAGCAGGGAGACAUUCUUGGCCAUGAGUUCAUGGGAAAGGUCUACAAGAUUGGGCCCAACGUGAAGAAUCUUAGUGUCGGCCAACGGGUUGUCGCCUCGUUCCAGAUCGCAUGCGGUAGAUGCGAGUACUGCCAACAGAAGCUCUCUUCAUUCUGCGACAGAACCAACAACUCUUCGUUACAAAACUACAUGUAUGGCCAACGCGACGCCGGGUUCUUCGGAUACUCCCACUUCACAGGCGGCUUCCCAGGAGGUCAAGCAGAGUACGUUCGAGUUCCGUUUGGGAAUGUCAAUCUUUUGCCAGUUCCGGAUGAUGUUUCGGAUGAACGUGCACUCUAUCUGUCAGAUGUGCUGCCUACUAGUUAUCAUGCAGUGGUGGAUACUGGUGUGAAGAAGGGCGAUGUUGUCGGGAUCUGGGGUCUAGGACCGAUAGGUCAGUGCGCUGCACGAUGGGCAUUGCUAAAGGGCGCAUCUAGGGUUAUUGGCAUCGAUGCUGUACCCUCAAGGCUGGCUUUUGCACAAAAAAAGACGGGGAUUGAGGUUAUCAAUUUCAAGGAAUUUUCCGACGUGCCAAAGCGGAUAUACGAGCUGGUGCCUCGAGGGUUAGACGUUGCAUUAGAUUGCGGAACCUUCCACGAGCCUAAAACGUUACUUCACAAGGCACAGAAGACGUUCAUGCUAGAAACGGAUGUACCGGAAACUAUCAACGAGAUGAUCGUGUCGGUGAGGAAAAUGGGUAGCUGUGGUAUAAUUGCAGCCUACUCUGGCUUUGCAAAUGGCGUCAAUGUGGGUGCGUUGAUGGAGAAAGGUGUUCGGUUGAUUGGGAACGGACAAGCACCCGUUCACAAGUAUUGGGAAGAAAUUCUGAACGAUUACGUCAAAACGAAGAAAUUUGAUCCUGCUUUCAUGAUCUCCCACCGAGUACCCUUUGAAGACAUGGCCAAGCUAUACUCUGCUUUCGACAAGAGGUUGGAUGGCGUUGAGAAAGUGUUUGUACCGACGAAGUUUUCGGGUUCUGCGGAUAUGUCGGACGGGAUUGGGCUGCCUGCAUUGAGGAGUGUUGAUGAGUGGACGGUCUGAACGUGGUCUGGCAAAGAAUGUAUACACUGCAAUGUAUCAUAGCUACUUUUUUUGGCACUAUUUUCAACGGCAUGAUUGGUCUAGUUCCGUACAAGUAUGAUGAACGUCAUGGCCAGCGUCGUAUGCCUCGAGGAAGCGCUUCUAAUUCGCAGUGCAUCCGGGUCGAUUGAUCGACAAGACGUUCGCCACCUUGAUACUGAUACUCUUUAAUGUCGAAUGGGUUCCAAGCGCCUGACAGUACAGGCUGGCCACGUCUCCACCUCUAUUCUCAGCCUUUCGAGAUGCAGGAGAGGAAGGGUCCUAGGACAUAGAGAUUGGUGGACGGUAAGGGGGAUCCGACUCGUUUCUUGUUUCACCUGAGUAGCGGAAACCGACGUUGAUUGACUGUGCUAGCGCUGCGACGGCCAUCACGGAACCAGGUCUUAAACAUCGUCAAUCAUGAAAUCUCCAUCAGUGGCAGAGCGUGCACCUUCUUGCAAUCCAGUGCCUUCAUCCCCAAGAUGACCUUCCCACUAAGGUCUACAUUGCUCUUCAGAAAAUGCGAGGCCCUUCCUCAGAUCACUAUCGGGGUUGUCGAUAGCUUUCAUGAUUUUCUUUUUCUCGUCUUUUGUCAAUCUCAAUCUUUCCCAGAUGUCUUCAUAUUCCGCAUUAUCUUCGUGUCAGAAUCGGAUUCCAAACAACAGGCAAAGCGACGCACCUAUAUCCCUUGGAAACGGUCCUCAAAGGUGUCAUCGUCAUUGUCAACCUCUUCAUCCCCAUCCUUAUAUAUCCCUUCGUCUUCGAGAUUACUCUCCUCAAAUCUCUUGGGAAUCUCCAGUUCCUCAGCAGAGUUUGAAGGUUCGGUAUCGAUCUCAUUCGCAAUUUUCUUCUUGUAAAAGCUUUCCGAGCAGUCAAAAUGAGCCUAAAUUGACAAAUGCAAGCACCAAGUCGGGAAGGAUUCGAUUUUCAGUAUGACCACAUACUGGAGACCAUGGGAUGUUGCAGCGUGGACACGUGUGUUGUGGUAGUUGUCUUCGACGUCUGUCCUGUCCUCCUUCAUGAGUGCUUGGACAUGAGCAAGAAAAUCACAUCAGGAAGACGGGGUCUAGGGCCACAUAACGCGUCACACCAAUUGCCGUUCUGCCACUUUCGAGUUGGUACUGUCAUCGAGUGGUUAGAAACACAAUGAUGCUUGCCAAGUCGCUGCUUGACCCUGAUAUUGAUGCGAAAUCUCGAUAUAAUUCAGAUCAUUGGAGUAUUAAUCCUGCCAGAAGGAUACAAGUAUGUUACCCAUGACUGAACUUCCCUCUCUGUUAAUGGCAGCAAGUUUGCCAGCGUCGACCCCGUCGGAGGCGAGACCAACAUUUGGGCUAAGCCAAA